AUGCACAAUUAUCAAGAUAAUAGUUAAAAAUUCUUUUAUGAAUUAUGGAACACUGGUAACAGAAUAUUAUGUUAAGGAAAGUUGUUAGUUGGGUAAAUAAUAUUUUUAUAAAAGUUCUGAAAAUCAUAAAUUCAUUGCAUCUCUUGUACUAAUCACUAUACCUACAAUUCUGUAUUAUGUGUUCAUGGCACCAGUAAUAAAAUAUGAUUACUUAGGCAUUGGUUCAAAGAGAUUAAGUUAUUUAGGUGAUCAUUUUUAUAAUUCUAAAUUGUUUAGUUUAUGUUUUCAUUACUAUAACAGUACUUAUGGAUCCAGGUAUUAUCCCUAAAAUAGUAAUAAUUUAAAUAUUAAAAAGACUACAAAUUAUGAAAUGGAUGAAUAGUUAAUUUUAAUUCCUUAAAAAUAUUUAAAGGUUGAUCCUUAAGUAUUAUUUGAAUCUAAAACAUUGUAAAUGAGAGGACAUUAAUUUAAAUUGAAAUUUUGUAACACAUGUAUAAACGAAAUUAAUAAUUUUAUAGGUGCAAUUUAUAGACCUCCUCGUGCCUCACAUUGUCCAGCAUGUGAUAAUUGUGUAUUGAGAUUUGAUCAUCAUUGUCCUUGGAUAGGAGCUUGUGUUGGAAGAAGGAAUUAUAUUUAUUUUUAUCUUUUUAUCUUCUUUCUUUCUGCUACAAUGAUUUAUGUUUUUUCAACAUGUCUUGCAUAUAUCUUUGGAAAUAUGGAGAAUGAUAAAGAUAAAGGAGAAUAGAUAAUAUAAAUAUUAUAAAGAAAUCCAAUUUCAUUAGCAUUAGCAAUUUAUUGUUUCAUAGUAAAUUAAUUAGAAUUAUUCAGUUUUCAUUUUUUGUUGUUGGUUUAUGGGGAUUCCAUACAUUUUUAGUUAUAACAAAUAUGACUACAAAUGAAUAUUUAAAGAAACAUUGGAUUAUUUAAAGUGAAAAUCCUUUUAGAAGGUAUAUUCAUUUUUAAUAGUAUAGAAAGAAUAUCUUUAAAAAUAUAUAACAUGUUUUAGCAUGUAUUAGAGAAGUUAAAUUUUUAGAACUUCGUUAAUAUGUUUAUGAUCCAAAAAGCUAUAAUCAAGUAAUAUUUAUAUAAUUUUUAAGCCUAUUACAUAAAAUCAAAUAAAUGAGAAUGAAAAUGAAAAUUUAAAUCCAGUAUGCGAUAAUUAAAAUAAUGUUGCAAGAAGAUCAUCAAAAUAAACUGAUGAUCAUAUGGAAGAACAAUGA